CUGAUUGGCUGUGGCUCGGAGUAUAAAUGAGGAGAGGAGGCGGGCGCGCUCUCUUUUCUUUCCCGGAGCUCUCGUGGGAGGUAACAGCUUGUCUUUAAACCCUUUGUGGCAAUCCUUGGAAGCACCGUCGAGAUGCCCAGGGAAGACAGGGCUACGUGGAAGUCCAACUAUUUCCUGAAAAUCAUCCAACUCCUGGAUGAUUAUCCAAAAUGCUUCAUCGUGGGAGCAGACAAUGUAGGAUCCAAACAGAUGCAGCAGAUCCGCAUGUCCCUGCGUGGGAAGGCUGUCGUGCUGAUGGGGAAGAACACCAUGAUGCGCAAGGCUAUCCGUGGUCAUCUGGAGAAUAACCCUGCUUUGGAAAAGCUGUUGCCUCAUAUCCGUGGGAAUGUGGGCUUUGUGUUCACCAAGGAGGAUCUGACUGAGAUCAGGGACAUGCUGUUGGCUAACAAGGUGCCAGCUGCUGCUCGAGCUGGUGCCAUUGCCCCUUGUGAUGUCACCGUGCCAGCCCAGAACACUGGUUUGGGUCCCGAGAAGACCUCUUUCUUCCAGGCUUUGGGCAUCACCACGAAGAUCUCCAGGGGUACCAUUGAAAUCCUGAGUGAUGUGCAGCUGAUCAAGACUGGAGAUAAAGUGGGAGCCAGCGAAGCGACCUUGCUGAACAUGUUGAAUAUUUCCCCAUUCUCCUUUGGGCUGAUUAUCCAGCAGGUGUUUGACAACGGCAGCAUUUACAAUCCUGAAGUGCUGGACAUCACUGAGGAGACUCUGCACAGACGCUUCCUGGAAGGCGUUCGUAACGUAGCUAGUGUUUGUCUGCAAAUUGGCUACCCAACCAUCGCUUCUGUGCCUCACUCCAUCAUCAAUGGGUACAAGCGAGUCCUAGCUGUGGCUGUGGAGACUGAAUACACCUUCCCACUGGCUGAAAAGGUAAAGGCCUUCCUAGCUGACCCCUCAGCCUUUGUGGCUGCUGCCCCUGUGGCAGCUGAAACUGCAGCUCCUGCUGCUGCUCCAGCCAAAGAGGAAGUAAAGGAGGAAUCCGAGGAGUCUGACGAGGACAUGGGAUUCGGUCUCUUUGACUAACUCCUGCCACGCACUAACCAACCACUUCAUCAACUGGUUUAAUUAGAGAAAUAAAGUGCUAUUUUACACCC